AGGCGUUAACACAAUACAUCUCCAYUGAAUCAGCAAUUAGUACAGUUAUUGCCACAGUAUGGUGAAAAAAAAUAAACAGAGUGCUGAACAGGUGCAAGAGAGCACCAAGCGUUCGGAAACAAACAGCUCGGUCGAGGAGAGCGACCCCAGCGGCGAAGAUUCAGAUAUGAAACGAAGAAGAUUGUCUAGAGAUUCGACAUUGGGAUCCAUUCAGGAGGAAGAUUCAUCGUCAAUAGAUGAAAAACUUAUGAUUGAAAGUUUCAAAAGCAUUACAGAUGUGUUCGAGAAUGAAGAAAACCAAGAAGAAUUGUUCGAGAGURCCGACAMUGUCUCUAAGGWUWCAAAAUCMGUCCCUAAGGAAAACGAAACAGUCACUAAGAAGRAAGAAAAACUCUCUGAGGAGCCGGUAGAGACCGUCCCUAAGGACGUCAAAACUGUUUCAAAGAAGGAAGGAASWRGYCAUAAGGAACGUUUCAAAAGCAUAUCYGAGGACACCGACAGCAUGGAUGAAGAAGUUCGUAGAAUCAUGUCAAAGGACGCGGAUACUGAGGGGGCUUCUUCCAAAGAGGAUAACGAUUACUCAGAUGUUGACGAAUCUGGUGACGAUAGUGACGACGAAAAAUCUGAUUCCGUCAUGACUGAAACUGAAUCCGAGUCAGAAUCAGAUGUGCCAUUUUCCGACAGCGAAACCGAAGAAGGGAACGAGUCAGAGGCGAGUGCAAACUACGCAUAUCCGACUGGUAAUGACAUUGAUGAAGAUGAGACCGAGCUCUCCGAGGAAGAGGAGUUUGAUUUGGAGAAAUACAUUGACAAGUUAUGUCUUCAGUCAACCGACGAAGAAUCUACAGUUGAAUCAGAUGACGAUUCGACGUAUUCCAAAAAUAGCAARAAAUCAUCCAAAAAGGUAWUGCGAAAAGCAUCGAAACGACGCAGCUCAGACAACGACUCACGAUCAGAAUCCGACAGCUCAGACGACGACGAAAAUCCAAAAUUAGACGAUGCCGACGAACCAGAUGAUGCUGAUGACGGUACGACAAAAGGUAGCGACAAUGAGCUAGAGAAUAAUGAUGAUAGUGAUGAUUCUAGCUACAUAUCAUCUGCUGAAAGUGACAUCGAUUACUUGUACGAUGACGAUGACGACGACUCGGGUUCCUCCACAUCCGAAACAUCUCAAAAUGAAGAAAUUGAAUCUGAAGAACRCGAGGRAAAGAACCCCGAAGCUUCUCAAAUGUACAGUGACGAGCUUCAGACAUCAGCACAAGACCCUGGUAACCARCCCCAUGAUGCUGUACGCAAAUAYUACUUGGGAUUUGGCCAAGAUAAAUGCCCCGUCAGGCUUGAUGUUCACGAGAAUGAAAUCGGGAAGAUUUCAUUGGAUAGUUCACUGUCGUCUCGUAGUGUUGUCAGCCUGCGAUGGCCGUAUUCCAAUUACUAUGUAAAAGAACUUGAUCUUGACCACGACGAAAGCGACGCCAUCUUUGAUGAAGGGUUGCUACCCACUUACAAGUCAAUGCAGUCAUCAGCAUCGUUCCCAGGCCGCCGCAGGGAUGUUUUGUCUGGGAGGAUCUGGUGGGUCGAAUGGUGGGCUGCAAGUAGUCUUUCUGAUGUUGAGAGCAGCCCUAGAAGUGUGGAAGAUUUGCAGCCCAAAGACGGCGACGACGAUUUUCCUGAAAUCGAAGAGUUUGACAAUAUUUCUUUGGAUGAGUCAUMUCAUUUGUAAUCACGCGAUAAACUUUACAAGCACAAGAUAUGGGAACAAGUGAUCGUACAUUUCUCAAUACAUCUCUAAAGAAAAUUUCUAGCAUAUUUAGCUUUCUUUCCACUGCUAUACGCAGUCGGUCCAUAUAGAACAAGUUGCCUUAUCGCAUAAUUACGUCACACCAAAACAUGCUAUUGUUUUAUAACGCUAAGGAUUAUGGUCGCCAGAGGGGAUCACAGUGACGGUAUACCAUAUGAAAUAUAGAUCGGCAAUUGUUCUUCGUUUUCACCAUACGUCACAGCGGCCAUCUUGGAUGAACUUCAACAAAAGAUUUCUCAWUAGUAUCUAUUGUUCAUUCCUCCAACAUGGCCGCCGGUCUUUUAUCUUUUGAAUCUCAUUGGAAUGAUUGAAAACGAUCAAUUGAUAGAUGAUAUACGUCAAAACUCGAUACAUGAAAGUUCUACUUUCAGAAAAAAUAUUAAUAGGUCCAACUUCUAGUCUUUCUGAGCAUGGCCGAAACGUGUCCAUUUUACUAGACAUAACUGAUUAUUAAUUAUUAAUUGAGGGAGGGUUAGUGGCGUGGUCUGUUCUCGAGUCUAUUGCAUAAUUUAACCCCACCACGCGCAAUAAGUCUUUUAGCCUGCAGGCAUCACCUGCGAGAAUUACAGUAAUGUGCAGUAAUAUUUUAUAUUAGAGCCUUUUAGAAUGCUUUAUUCUAAGUGCUUUUAGUAAAAAAGAUUUGAAAUACAAUAGUCCACUUAAGAUAUUUUGGUUCGAUGACUUUGUAAGAUCGCACACGAGGCUCAAGGGAAACAAUGGAUAAUUUUGACUUAUUCUUUUAUUUCCYMGGAGCCUCGUCUGCAAUUCACUGAACCAAAAUAUCUUAAGUCGGCAAUUUUAUACAAUUUUUAAUGCUAAUUCUUUUAUUUUCUUUUGUUCAGCACGCUAUUUUUCACAAUUUAGUAUUUAGUAUUUCACGCUUUUCAGAAAAAAAAACUCUGUACGUAAUUAUGUACUAUAAGAAUUAAUAUCUAGAUUAUUAUAAUAUACAGAGCUAUUCACAGAACUUUGAAUACUGAGGCCGAACCUCAGGUCCGUGGGCCCUGAACCUCCCCAGCCUACGAGCCUGGACGAUAGAACAACCAACAAUGCAUUUCGGCCUUGGAUUACACGAUUGCACACGAUUCCAAGUCUGACUCAGUUUUCCAAGCUGCUGCGUAUAGCUAUAUACGAUAUAUAAAUAUACUGGCAAUAGUUCUGAUCCCCAAGGCCCAAUAUUCAUAUACAAAUAUUUCAAAACACGUCAUUGGGGAGAACGGACGGCGAUUGUCGAAGGGAGAUUGCACGACCGAAAGGGACUAUGGUUACACUGUUUUGGCGAACGAAAUUUCAGUUAUUGGAUUCGCCUUGCAUAAAAAUGAAAAAAAUGGAGCCAAUGUUUACCACAGAGUGAGGCUACCUUAUUACAGUAUAAAUCACUUGUGAAAAAAAAUCAUAUAAAUAAUUUCUCAUCAAUUAGCAAAACACAUGGCUCUUUUCGGUCGUCAACUGCCUUUUGACAAUUGAAAAAUUCGCCAUUUUAUCCCACAACCCUUUCUGAUAUUUUUUUAGAAAGUACUCGUGAUGAGGUACAACUGAAAAAUAUAUCAGCGAUGAUACCCAAGUUUUGGAAGGUACUUUGAAAAUUGGCAGAGACGGGGGACAAGUUAUUUCAACAAAUUGCUUUAUAUGGUCAUAUAAACAAAAUUGGGACAAAUUAUUACAUGCAAAAGUAUGAAUAAAUAAACACUGUCACACUUGAAUGUAGAUAMGGAUAUGUGGGGAUUGGAGUGAGUGGAUUUGCACCCCAUCGCCACCAUUCCCAGCCCCUACCUCCAUAAUCUUGAAAAAUGAGAAAAUAAGCUUAUAUUAAUUAAUUUAAAGAAUAUAGACAUAAAACAAUAAAUCAA